GAACGCUCUUGGCGUAGCGUUUAUAUUUUAUUUGCGUUUCACUUGAUUCGAUCCUACUCCACAAAGUCCAUGACGAAAUCGCAAUGGAUAUAAUUAUAAAAGUAAAUAAUCAAUCCAUUGGAAGAGACAAAUUGGCAAGAUUUAUUCAAUAUAUUAGCAAGCUUGUAUGGCAUCAACUGGAGACCAGGAAUGCUAAUAAAUACUCCAUAGAUAGAAUAAAAAAUUUGGAAAAUGCAUUUAGUUCAUUUAGAAAAAUUCUGAGGUUGGGCAGAUGCAUAGACGUUUGCUACAUUGCUUUAGACAGCAUGAGCAUAGAAGAUCCAUUUUUAAGAUUAACAAUAACAGUUAGCAAGUUAUCACAUAGUUUAUUUUUGUAUGCAGACCACAUAGUGUGGUUGGCCAAAAGUGGAUUUCUAAAAACAGACUCAGACACUUGGAAUCAAACUGCAAAUAAAUUCUGGUUACUGUCUAUUAUUGCAAAUUUAGCACGAGACCUUUAUGAAAUACUCCAUUUGUUACAACUACACAAUUCAAAAUUUCUAAGGCCUUCUGAUUUAUUAAAUCUAUCAGUACAUAAAUUUGAUCUAAUGUCUACUUUGAAACACAUUCAUGUGUUAUUACUUUGUCAUAGAGAUAUAUUUGUUGAUACAUUGAAGAAUGCAUGUGACUUGUUCAUACCAUUAACAGCUCUUGGGUUUAUAAAAUUGAGUCCAAGUGCGAUUGGCACUUUAGGUGCUAUCUCUUCCGUUGCUGCUUUGAUAACUCUAGUUCAACCUAUAUCUAAAUUGGUACCAUCAUAAUGGCAUAAAAUAAGUGACAAAUUACAGAUGUAACUGUAUUGUUUGUUAAAUUUUUGAAUGAAGAAAAUUAAGAGUCUUGUCACAAUGUUUCAGUGAACAUGAGAAAUACUAUAAAAUACAAUAUCAUAUAUGAUUCAUAAUCAUUCACGAAUAAAUUAGUUACUUAAUAAUAAUAAUUUGAAUGCACUGAGUGUUUACCAUGAGUAGAUACUCUGACAUCCAUUUGGCGAAUUCUUUGAUCAGUGAUACACAACUUUUUUAUUGCAGUACACUUAACUAUUUCCAAAUUUGGCAUAAUUCAAAUAUAAUAAAGGUUUAAAAGUUGUAUUCUGACUACUGUCUCAAAUAGUGAUAAUAAUUUUGAAUGAAAAAUAAAAAGUACAAAAUGAUAUAUGUAUGGGGAUUUAUUCAAAGUUAUUAAUAUAAAUUAUUUUUGUUGAGGAAUACAUGAUACAUACAGUGGAUGAGAAUCAGUUUUUAAUUGUUGAAGUAUAUAAAGUGUUUUCAUUCUCAAUUUUGCAAGCAAAAUUAAAUGUGUAAAAAAUCUUUUUGCUGUCUUACAGUAUAUUUCCAUGUAAUAAUUUUAAUCAUGUAUAAGGCUGUAGUGAGUGACUUUGUGAAUACUGGUAUUGGUGUAGGAAAAUUAUAUUUUAUUUUGUACUUAAGGUACUAAAGGGAUUUAAAAAUAUAUAAAUUAUUUACAUUAAAGUUUUUGAUUUUGUAAUUUUCAUUAAUGUUGUAUUCUACCUCAACGAGUACUGUUGAGUUAGGUAAUGACUUCACUAGAUUGACUUUGGUUCUGCAGCAUACUUGAUGCUAAGUUGUGCCUAGAGCCUGUAUACCUACACUACAAAAUGAAAGGCGCAAAUCACCUAGAGAUAUGAAUUUGGAGGCUCAAUUGUAUUUUAUAGUAGCAUACUUCACGCUCAUGCAAAACGGGUUCACGGCAAAAGCAUGCAGAAUGGUUGUACCUAUCAGUGCCAGCUUACAAUACGCUCCACCACAUGCAAAUAAUACAAUAGAAUCGUUGAUCAUCAAUGAAUAGCGUGUUUGCCCAAAUUUUACUUGAAAGCUUAUUCAUAAGUUAAGUACUGAAAGUGCUGAAACCUGCUCGAGUGGGCUUACUAUACGACCAAUCUACUAG